AUGUCGCAACAUAACCAAUUUGCGCCUCCGCCCUUGUCGGCCCCCGCACAUCAUUUCAACAAUCGCAGCAACACUCCGGUUAUGCCCCUCCAAACUUCAGCUAUCCACCACCCCCGAAGCAAGGAACUCCUUCAAAUGGAGGAUAUCCACCACCACCAUCGUCUAUCAGUCCACCUAGCACAAGCCCACCGAUCAACCAAGCAGGAAUCUCGCAGGCAUAUCCUCCCCCCACCCUCAGGUACCCCACCCACCUUCAGUCCACCACCGAGUGACUUCCCUCCUCAAAAUGGGCUGGGUCGACUUUCCAUUUCCUCUCAGUCACAGCCGACGGGGAUGGCAGAAAAGGUCCCGGGGGGCGCACCACCACCAGGCGAGUUCCUGGGAGCCAAAGCAACCUACGAGGACGAUGUUGGAACCUUCAACGGAGGUAGUUACAGAAUCAGUCACAGAGACUCUAAUUCGCUUUUGACGUUACAGCUCGCAAUGGGCUGUCCUCUCACUGCGAGACCUGGCGUCAUGAUUGCAAUGUCUACGACUAUGACAUUGAGAGGAUCUAUAUCGAUUGGUUGGAAGAAGAUCAUUGCUGGUGGUGAGAUCUCCAUGUCUACCUAUACCGGUCCGGGUGAGCUUCUUCUAGCUCCCUCUGUCCUUGGUGAUCUCAUCGUUCUUCGUAUGGACGGGACCCAGACGUGGAAGAUUGGAAGAGAUGCCUUUGUGGCCUGUACCAGUGGCGUUAAGCAUGAGUACAAGGCGCAGAGUCUAUCCAAGGCUAUCUUCUCCGGCGAAGGACUUUUCAUCUACAAGAUUGAGGGGACAGGUCUUCUCUGGAUGCAAAGUUUCGGAGCAAUCAUUAAGAAAGAUCUGGUGGAAGGAGAGAAAUACUACAUCGACAAUGGCCACCUCGUUGCAUGGAACUGCAAGUACAAGAUCGAGCGUGUCGCUUCCGGUGGUAUCAUCUCCGGCUAUGGUACUGGUGAAGGUCUUGCUUGCAAGUUUGAGGGACCUGGCACGGUUUAUCUGCAGACCAGGAACUUGAAUGCCUUUGCUACCCAGAUGAAGAUCAGCACUGCCAGCGGCUGA